CCUGCCACACAGAAACCAGGAGGCUCUUGCUGUGGAUGGAUCUUGUCUUCAAGCUGCUAUAUCCAUUUGACUUUUAUUUGACUUCUGCUCUUCCUCUCCAAACCCAUGGAGUCAGUUUUGGGGGCUACACUGUUUCUGAUACUAGUGACUGCAUCAGCAGCCCAGAAUGCUUGCAUUUGUGAAACAAAUAAACGGACUAGUUGUACCAGGAACCAAUUUUCUAACUGUGAAUGCACAGCAGUAGGUUCAAAACAGCCAGUGGAUUGUACUACACUAACUUCAAAAUGUCUACUGAUGAGAGCAGAAAUGGUCCCCUCAAGGGUCAGGAACUUCCAUAAGCCAGAAGGUGCCUUUCCGGACAAUGAUGGACUUUACAACCCCGACUGUGAUGACAACGGCAACUUCAAGGCAAGGCAAUGCAAUCAGACAGACACUUGUUGGUGUGUGAACUCUGCUGGAGUAAGGAGAACUGAUAAGGGGGAUAAAAGCAUGAAAUGCAGUGAGCUUGUCAGAACAAACUGGAUCUUCAUUAAUCUGAAGCACAAAGAGAGGGAAGUUCCCUUCUCUGAGCGUGAACUGGCAAAUGGUCUUCAACAGUUCAUUCAGAACCGAUACAAGCUCCAACAAAAUUACAUCACAGCUAUUGAGUAUGACUCCCCAUUCAUCCAUAUUGACUUGAAGCAGAAUGCUACCCAGAAGUCUCAUGAAGAUGUGGAUAUAGCAGAUGUAGCCUAUUACUUUGAAAAAGAUAUAAAGGGUGACUCUGUUUUUUAUCGUGGCAUGUUUAAUGUCUCUGUCAAUGAAGAACCUCUUGAUAUUGAAGAAAUCCUUAUCUACUAUGUUGAUGAAAAACCACCAGAGUUCUCCAUGAAACGCUUGACACCUGGCAUUAUUGCAGUGGUGGUGGUGGUCAUCUUGGCCAUUAUAAUUGGGAUUACUGUGCUUGUGAUUACCAGGAGGCGGAGCUCUGGCAAGUACAAGAAGGUUGAGAUUAAGGAGAUGGGAGAAAUGAGAAGAGGACAAAAUUCAUAGUUGCCUCAAUUUGAAGGCAAGAAUAAGACUUUGGCAUUAAGGAAAUGGAAGGAAGAUGGCAAGAUGAUUCCACAUUUUUUUUUGGAGGGAGGGAAGGUGGGAGUUAGCUUUUAUUUUUUACAUUUGUAAUCAAAUAUAAAGGAAACAGUUUUUUUAGAAAUUCCUAUGACAACAGAUUGGGAGACUGAUAUAGGAAUUUUAGUAUUUUCUUGAAUAUGUUAUUCUAUAGGAUAAAAUUAAUUUGAAAUGAGUACUGAAGUUUCAGAGAGAAGGUCCGUGUAUUGUUCCCUACCUCAGAGUUUCCCUGUUCCAUAAUUAGUUU